UAAAACAUUCAAAUACAGUUGGUCGUCUUCAAUCGUUGUUUUCUCGUUGUUUGCUGGUUCAACAAGUGACAGUCUAGAUGAAGUUGAUUUUUUAUACUCUUUUUCUAUGGGUACUUGUAAGCUAUAUAGUUCAAGCUCAACCUUUGCCUUCUCCUACAGAGUGGCAAAAGGAGCUAGAAGAGUGGAUCCCAAAACAGUACAACCGUUCUGUGGAAGGUAUUUUUGACAAUAUCAACCGACCAGGUACUGCAAAGGGUUGUAUCGUAGCAGCAGACUCGAAGAAGCAACCCGAUUAUUAUUACAACUGGAUUCGAGAUGCAGCAAUCACCAUGCAAGUAGUUGUCACAAUGUAUGAGAGAGCAACGGAUCCCAAGGAAAUAGACAGAUUGGAAACUAUUAUCAAAGAGUACAUUGCCUUUAAUCAUAAACUGCAGCAUACUCCAAACUACAAUGGCAACUUUUAUACAGGUGGUUUAGGUGCUGCUCAUUUUCUGGUCAAUGGCUCUGCUUAUCCUGGAGGAUGGUGUACAGAAAAUGAUGGUCCUGCCCUUCGUGCUCUUGCAGUUAUCAAGUUUACUUAUGCGUAUUUACAAAAAGGAGGCAAUAUUUCCUAUAUUCGUGACCACGUAUUUGGUCCAACGAAUAAUACUCUUACUCGAGCAGAUUUAGAUUAUAUCGCACGUGUAUGGCCCAACGAAAACUGUGGACCCUGGGAAGAACUUUAUGGAAUUCAUUUCUUUGAUCAAUACUUACAGAGGACUGCACUUCUUAGAGGUGUCAAAUUGGCUAAGAAACUUGGAUACGAUGAUAUUGCAAAACACUAUCAAAAGUCAGCCGACGAUAUAACUCAAGUUUUGCCAUCCUAUAUUGCAAAGGACUUUGGCAUUGUUUUGGAAUCCGUAAAUACUACUCACGAUACCAAUCAUGAAACAUUUCUGGAUACUUCCACUAUUUUGGCAAUUAUUCAUGGUUAUAAUCAUGAUGAUGUGUUUGCACCUACUAAUGAAUAUGUCAUUGGAACUGCUAAUAUGUUGCGUUUGGUGUUUCAAGAUAUUUAUCCAGUGAAUAUGCGCAAGGAACAAAGUGAAGGAACUCUGUUUGGAAGAUUUCCAGACGAUAUUUACGAUGGCUAUACUAGUGACGUUCCAGGCAAUCCAUGGAUUCUAUGUACUUUAGGAAUGGCACAAUAUUAUUAUGAGUUGGCUGCGGAAUGGUUGAAACAUGAGAAGAUUGUCAUAGGAAAAUGGAGUAAAGACUUUUUCAAGCAUUUGAAAGUUAUGCCACCUGGACCUCCUACUCCAGAAUCGACUACAACUAUUACUGGAAAAGCUAUUUGUAGCUAUGUUUCUGCUCUUUUGGAAGAAGGCGACCGAGUGUUGAAUGCUAUUCGAAGACAUACAAUUCCAAGUGGUAUGUUUACAGAGGAAAUUGAUAGAUAUACAGGUUUUGAACAAGGAGCUAUCAACUUAACCUGGAGCUACGAUGCCUUUGUUACUGCUGUUUGGUCUCGUGAAGAUGUUCACAAGUAUUUUUCUCACUAUUGUGAACCUCCUUCUCCAGUAAGCCCAUCUCCUCCUAUGAUGGGACCCGGUCCGUCUCCUUAGAAAAGUGGGCAUUUUAGUGAUACUUUUGGUGAUUAUAAAAAAUAGCAACUUUGU